AUCUCGGUCACCAUAAAGUCGCAAGAGAACUAUCCUGCUGCUCCUAUUAGAAGAUACUUUUAGGAGAUACUCCACGUUGAGACAUUCGUUUCUCCUUUGAGUAACAUAAUCAGCUUACUUCGAACAGAAGCGAUCGUUAUUUCUUUGCGGAGAUCAAUAAUCCGAGAUUUCCAGAUAUAAAAUGAUGGCUGCCAAGUUUGUUGUCUUCGUUCUACUGUUCAUCGCCUGCUCUUAUGCCUCACCCUUAAGGAUGGCGACCAUGUAUGAUUCCCUAUUUGCCGUACCAGUCUUCAUUCAGGAAUUGGAUGAAACUCAGCCUGCGAUCGACGAAGAACCAAUAUAUCCAUUAAACGACGAUCCUAAGAUUAUGAUGGAUGACACCGAGAAUUCUUUUAAUAUCAAAAAACGCAGUAUCGAGGAAACAAAUAAUGAUAAUGAUCUCGAGACUGCAGCUGGUACCAACAUUCUUCGUCCUCUCUUCGUUUAUCGCCAGCAGGUCGCGUAUCGACAACGCGCCAGAGAUGCAAUUCGACGAGGAAGACGAAUAUACACAGAAUAAAAAUGAAUCAAUUUGUGAAAUAAUGUUGUUUGCAAAUACUUACAAACAUGUUUAUGAAAAAAGACGCAAGCUUGAUGACGAAGCGGAAGUACGAAUUUAAAAACCGAGCACAAAUAAAGCUGUUGUCUUGCCGAUGAGAUUUACAGUUAAAAAAAAAAUA